ACAAACACACACCGUCCCUUCCACCUUAUAUAACCUUCACAUUUUUUCUUGGAAAUCUCGUUUCAUCGUGCGCAACUUCUCACUCUUAUUCUUUUAUUUUAUGGCUUAUUUUUAACUUACAUAAUCGAUUUAUUUACUCAGUUCUCAUAGCACCGUUUUACGGUACACUUUUUGUUACUUUAUAUAAAGUGAUUGUUGCUAGAAGGAUUGAGAAUCUGCCUUGUGCAAAUGGGUUCCUAGCAUCUGACACGUAUUUCUUGACGACCCAGGUUUAUUUGGGUUGUGUUCAAAGACGAUGAGUAGUUUUAGUGAAACAGAGGAUCAAUUCUUCGACAGCCGUGAUAAGGUCUCUCCUGUAUCUGAUUGGGGUUUUGAUUGUUCCGAGGGCUGUUCAACUCCUGUUCCCAAUAACUGUGCUCUUGGAUACGAGUUUUGGACUAAGAUACCAGAAAGCGUUGAUGAAAGACGUGCCAAGUUUUUGAAAUGGGUCGGUUUGAGUUCACAUUGGUGCACAACCGAUAGAGAUGAAGAGGAUAAUUUACGUGAUGAAGAAAUCAAAACAGGCAUUAAUAGGUUAAGGGAUAAUGGUGAGACCGUAUUGGCAAAUUCGGAUUCUGAAACUCAGUUUUUCUCAAGUCGGUCCUUGCAGGCAUUUUGCUCAUAUGACUCUACGGAGUCAGUAGAAAAUGGUGCUGUAGACAAGGAUGCAUGGAAAAUUAAAAAUUUAGAUGAUGGAACUGAAUUUGUGGUUGAUGAAUAUAGUGACCAUGGCUCGCCUACCAGAUUACGUGAAGUGGGUUCCAAUAAAAUUGUGUCACUUGAAGAGUUUCAGAAAACCCUUGGCUCAUCAGCUUUGGUUCAGCAGUUAUUGAGGAAAGAGUCUAAGGGCUUUAACCUGCUUGAUAUGAAGGAGAAAGUGAAAAGAGGGUGGCUCAGGAGAUUAGGUCUCUUGACUCGUAAUUCAGAUAAAAUAAAGGGGGUUCAUUUGAAACCUAAUGAGAUCAGUUCAAAGACGGGGGCUAGUUGUCGAAGAGUUCCAGUCCAUGCAUCUAGAAAACAUUCAAAAGAACUGUCCUCUCUGUACACGGGGCAAGAAUUUUCUGCACAUGAGGGCUCCAUCUUGACAAUGAAGUUCAGUCCUGAUGGAAAUUACCUUGCAAGUGCUGGGGAAGAUGGUGUUGUACGUGUGUGGAAGGUGCUUGAAGAUGAUAUUUUAAACAAAUUCGACGUUCGAGACAAUGAUCCCUCAUCUUUAUACUUCUCACUGAAUCAUUUUUCCAAGUUAGGUCCUCUCGAUGUUGAUAAAAAACAGACUUGUCAGAUGAAAAGUCUGAGAAAAUCGUCAGACUCGGCUUGUGUCAUUCUUCCACCAAAGGUCUUCCGAUUAUUGGAGAAACCUCUGCAUGAGUUCUACGGACACACGGGUGAGGUUUUGGCUCUCUCAUGGUCCAAGAAUGGGCAUUUGCUGUCAUCUUCAGUCGAUAAAACAGCUCGCUUAUGGAAGAUGGGACAUGAUCAGUGCCUUGGCAUAUAUAUGCAUAAUAACUACGUGACCUGUCUUGAGUUCAAUCCCGUGGAUGAUAAUAAUUUCAUUAGUGGUUCAAUAGAUGGGAAAAUACGCAUCUGGGAAGUUCAAGGCUGCCGAGUCAUUGAUUGGAUUGAUAUUACAGAAAUAGUAACUGCCUUGUGUUAUUGUCCUGAUGGCAAGGGAGGUUUAAUUGGCUCCAUGGAAGGAAAUUGUCGUUUUUAUGAUAUAGGUUUAGAUAAUCGUCUGCAAUUGGGUGAUCAAAUAUGCCUAAAGGGGAAGAAGAAGUUAACUGGCAAGAGAAUAACUGGAUUUCAGUUUUGCCCAAGUGAUGUGAGCAAAGUGCUGGUCACUUCUGCUGAUUCACAAGUUAGAAUGAUUUGUGGUACCAAUAUCAUCUGCAAAUUCAAAGGUAAUCGAAGUUCAGGAAGCCAAGUACCUGCAUCUUUCACAUCAGACGGGGAACACAUUGUUUCGACUGCUGAGGAUUCAAAUGUCCGUGUGUGGAGCUACACUUCGCAGGACCAGAAAUCAUCUCGAUCAAAGAACUUGUGGUCUUUUGAGAGUUUCUUGUCACACAAUGCUUCCAUUGCUGUUCCUUGGUGUGGCUUGAAAAACACGUUAGGAACACUACCAGGAAGUAUUUUAGGAAACGGACAUUUAGAUGAGAAAAUGCUCCAAAAAUUGCCUGCUUCUUUCCCUGAUUGUUUCACUACAAGCCUCGGGUUUUUCUUGGAUGCUUUAUAUAAGGGAACUGCUACGUGGCCGGAAGAGAAACUGCCCCAGUCAAGCCCAGUGGCAGUUUCACGUUCUAUGUGCAGAUCUGAGUUCAAGUUUCUAAAGAGUGCUUGGCAGAGCGCAAUGAAUUCUCCUCAUUUGUGGGGUCUUGUCAUCGUAACUGCAGGCUGGGACGGAUGUAUCAGAACAUUUCUCAAUUAUGGAUUGCCUAUUCGAUUCUAAAACAAAAUCGUGUGGGCUUCAGUUUUUCUCACUUGCCCCAACUCAGAGCAUCGCUGCAGGUUAUGUUUUCACACUGUGAUUGUGAAAAAUUUCGAAGAAUUUGGAUGAAGUCAUUAAAGUCAAGGCUUUAUGGACGGCGGGGAACAUUCAGUGCAUGUUCUGUAAGGAGGAUUCAAUGGCACUAGACAAUGUUAAAGAAGAAACAUUAUACUAUUCAGGCUCGUCCAGUAUUGUGUACUAAAUAUGCAUAUAGUCAUAGCAUGUAGUAUAAUUAUUAGAAUACUCGAAGAGGCAAUACAUAGUGAGUUUUGGUCACAGUAUGCCGGCUGGAAUUCUUUUCCAUGUUGGUUUGCUGUUCAUGUCAACCCUACAAUUCUUUGAUUUGUGAACAGACAGGUUCAUGGUUUCUCAAUUGAGAAUCAUAUAGAAAAAUCAUGUGAUAAGGGCCACAGUUCAUGUGCAUGUAUAUCAUUUAUAAGAAUGAAAUUUGUGUAAUUAGUCGAAAACUUUCUACAUAUAAGUUUUACUUGCUUUGAA